AUGGCGGAGGUUGACUCGGGCGGAUCCACAGCUAAAUGCUGCAAUCAUGUUGAAGAUGGAGUGACGGAUCAACCUGUCGAUCAAGGACGCCCUUUGCGCGUAAUCAUUAUCGGCGCUGGGAUCUCUGGUAUCGCACUUUAUAUUCGACUUUUGCAGAAUAUUCCCAGCGCCAAGAUUACCAUUUUCGAGAAGAAUCCAGCCGCUGGCGGCACCUGGUACGAGAAUAGGUACCCUGGAGUGGCAUGCGACAUCCCCAGCCAUGUCUAUCAGCUAUCUUUUGCCCCCAAUCCACAGUGGUCCAAACUCUUUUCUCCUGGUGGUGAGAUCCUCGAAUACGUGCAACGAGUUGCUGGCGACUAUGGUGUCGACAAAAAGAUCAAGUAUAACACCAAAGUGGUUGGCGCCACUUGGAACGAAGAUGACGCCGUAUGGUCGGUGGAGACCGAGCAUACCUCCCAAGACAGUAGCAAGUCGCUUGCCCAGAACCAAGCUGAGAUCGUUAUCAGUGCUGUUGGACUACUGAAUAAUUGGAAGUGGCCUGACAUUGAAGGCCUUCACGAAUUCGAAGGCAAGCUUCUGCACUCGGCCAAUUGGGACACAUCGUGGGAUUACGGUGACAAAACUGUAGCUUUAUUGGGUUGCGGAUCGUCUGCCAUACAAAUACUUCCCCAUCUUCAGAAGAAGAGUUCUCAAGUUUUCAAUUUUGUCCGGGGAGGAACGUGGAUCAGCCAGCCUUUUGGCUCAACGCUCACCGAGAAUGUCUUGGCUGGCAGCUCCGAGCCCGGGAAUUACUCGUACACGGCUGAGGAACUCGCCAGAUUUCAGAACGAUCCUGAGUAUUACCAAGAGUUCCGAGAGAAAAUGGAGAGUUUUAUCAACAAGGACUUUCCCUGCCUGUUUGCUGGAACCGAUGAAGAAAAGUCUGGAACGGCCAAGAUUAUAGAAAUCAUGCGCCAGAAGUUGCAGUCCAGGCCUGGAAUGUACGAAGCCCUGGAGCCCCGGUUUACUCCAGGCUGUCGUCGGCUUACGCCUGGCCCCGGAUAUCUCGACGCCUUGGUUGAGCCAAACGUGGAGCUAAUCAAGGCCCCAAUAGCGCGAGUGACCAAGAACUCAGUGGUGACAGCGGACGGGAGGGAGUGGCCCGUGGAUGCCAUUGCUUGUGCAACGGGGUUUGAUAGCAGUCACGUACCACGUUUUCCUAUUGUCGGGCGUGGCGGCGCAUCCCUCGUUGAAAAAUGGAAAACCCGCGCCUCGGCGUACUUGUCACAUUCGGUGCCGGGAUUCCCAAACUAUUUCAUCAUGGGUGGCCCGAAUUCUGCUACUGGUGGUGGCUCCCUGCUCCUCAUUCUAGAGUCGGUCAUGGGCUAUAUUAUCAAGGCCGUGCAAAAGAUUCAUCGUGAGCACAUUCGAACCAUGGAAAUCAAGGAAACUGCUGCACAAAAGUGGACAGCUCAUCUGGAUAGAUACUUUCCAGGGACUGUUCACAUGGAGGAGUGUACAAGCUGGUACAAGGUCAAUGGUAAAAUCAUUGGUCUCUGGCCAGGGAGCAGUCUUCACGCCAUGAAGACUCUGGCCAACCCGCGGUGGGAAGAUUAUGAGUACCAGUCUGAGCACGACAAUGAAUUGCAAUGGAUCGGGAAUGGCUGGACUGUUGCAGAUGUUGAGAGGGGCGACCUGGGCUACUAUAUCAAUCACGUCGAUAUUCCGCCAAUUCCUGGCCACGACGUCCUCGCUAGACAACCAUAG